GCCCAAUGAAGAUAUGAACUCUGAAGCAUCUUCAAACAGAUUAAAUGUACAAAAAAAAAAAUUGUAAUCGUCAAAACAUGUAAAAUUCCGGGAAAAAAAAAUCCCAGGAACAAAAAAUGGCGGAAGAUCGCGAACAAGAGGAGAGAGAACCUGGAAAAGUUGUGGCGUUGAUUGAGAAAGCAACCAAUUCUACUGAACCUGGUGUUGAUCCUCGUCUUCUCAAAGCCAUUAAAACGGUUGUUCGUUACUCCGAUUUUGAGCUCAAACUCGCCUAUAAAACCCUAAUUUAUCUCAUGAAACGACAGCAUUCUCAGAUUAGGUAUCUUGCGUUAUUGAUAAUUGAUGAGUUAUUUAUGCGUUCGAAGCUUUUUAGAACCCUAAUUACUGAGAAUUUGGAUCAAUUGUUAAGUUUAUCGGUUGGAUUUCGAAGAAAUCAACCUCUUCCAGCUCCAUCUUCUGUUGCAUCGGUUUUACGAGCUAAGGCGAUUGAGUUUUUAGAAAAGUGGAAUUCGUCAUUUGGAGUUUAUUAUAGGCAGCUUAGGUUAGGAUAUGAUUAUUUGAAGAACACACUUAGGUAUCAAUUUCCUAAUUUACAAGCGAAUGCUGCUCGGGUUGAGCGAGAGAGGAGGGAGAGGGAGGUGAGAACGCAGUUGAUUUUGAAGAACAAGCUCGAGACGUUGAGGGAGAGGUUUCCUUCUUUGAAGGAAGAGAUAAAAUUAACGAUUGAUGAGAUUGGAGAGUGUUUAGAGAUUGCUAGGGCUAAUGAUGAGAAUGCGGCAUUGGAACUGUUGGAUGAUGAUGAGGAGGAGGAGUUUGAGGGGAUGCGUAACCCUGAGUUGAUGCAACUUCGGCUUGAUGCAUUGAAGGAAGCGGAGAAGGUUCAUGAGAAUAGUGAUAAUAAAGUAGUUUUUGAUGCAUUGAGGGAGCUGUAUAAAUUGUUAGUGAAGAAGCAUUUAGUUUCGGUUCAGGAAUGGAUUUCUGUUCUUAUUCGGGUUGAAGUUGAUGAUGUUAGGUUUAGGGAUUCUGCAUUGAAAGAGUUCAUUGAUGUUCGGAAUCGAAUUACUGCAGUGAAGAAGAAAUGUGAGGAAUCUGGUUGUGCCCUUCCUAAGAUCAGGGAGAGCGAGGAAGAUGAUGACAUUUGGGAGGAGUGUAAAAUUGAAUCUGUGGAGGGAAGUAAAGAUAUAAAUGUGGUACCAGUUGAUCGUAAAGUAUUGGCUACUGAUGCUUCUGAAAGACCUGAAUGCAGCAAAAGUGGGGCAAAGAAGAAGGAUGUUGUGAAACGUAGAGUGAGUGCUGGUGAUUCGAAUCCUUUGCGGGGUAAGCUUUUAGCUGAAGCUCCCUUUGUUAAUUGGGGAUCCUCUUUGGAUAAUUGGGGUGAGAAGAGGGAUGUGUUGGUGAAUCAGAGGGGAUUAGAGAUUGAUGGUCAUUGGGGCAGAGUAGAUAGUGACGCUGCUAUACCAUCAGAAAAAAUUGCGGAACUAAAUGUUCAUGCAAGCCUUUACAAAGAAGAGCAAGCUGAAGUUCAGCCAUGUCGUGCUCCUUUGCGCAAUGGAAAUCUUUGCCACAGGAAAGAUUUGAGAGUAUGUCCAUUUCAUGGACCAGUUAUACCGCGUGAUGAUAAAGGAAAUCCAAUUUACCCUGAGGAUGAUGCAGGGAAAUCUGUCAUCUCCUUAGGUAAUAAAGGUACAUCAAUAAGGCAGAAUUCUUCCACUGAAGAGUUGAAUAUUGAUGGACUGGGCAUUUCUUCAGAGCAGCUAGCUAAAACUGCUGUUAAAAAUGUUAGAGAGAAGGAUGAAGAGGAAAUAAAGAGAAAAGAAAGUGAUAAACGAGCAAUCAAGAAAGCUAAACUUGCAAAGGUUCGGGAACACAACGAUGCAGUUCUUCGGGAGGCUGCAAUUGCUUCAACCUCGAGUUCUGCAGCUUUUGGGGAAGUUGUUCCUGCAAAUACGGGAGAGAGAUUUACCAAGAAAAAUAAAGGGCCAACUCUUGCAUCUAUGUUGCGGAAGAAAGUGACAGCAAAAGAUAGAUUAGCACAGAAGCUUUUGAGUUCCUGGGCAAAAGAUGAAACUGUCAAGCAGCUAACUAAAGGCGAGGACACCAGGUACCGAGAAUCAUUCCCAAAUCAGUGGUAGCAAUGUUUUUUUUUUAAUUUAAUAAAACGAUGGCACUUCUGCAUGAACAUUAUAGAACCCGGGUUUGACAAAGUACAUCUGGAUUAUCACGUUUGCCUGUUAUUCAAUCAGCCGAGAAGAUCAGACCAUUAACAGUCAGUUCUCAAGUAGUAAUCUGGAAUUCUGGAUAGUGUUAGUAGCUUUGUAAUUAUGUGUUCUCUUAUCUACAAUUCCAUUUCACAAUUUUGUCAUUUACAUUUACACAUCGCGACAUGUUAAUAGAAUGUACAAUCUUAUUGCAAGUGACAAGUGACAGAAAAGACAGUUUUUUGAGUCACAUAUCAGCAGCAGUUUGGCAGUAGUUUUCAAUUCCUUGUUAUAUUUGAAAUCAACUAUUGAUUGUACUCCAAUAGUCCAAGUCCAAUUACUGUGAUGAUGAUCAAAAGAAGAGGGGAAGCAUUCUUCCAAGUUGUCAUCAACCAAAAAAAAGGAAAAAUGUUGUUAUGAUAUUAGUUGUAAUUCAAGUAGUAUACACUUUUGUACCUAGUUGUUGGAUAGCUUAAAGUGCACAACCUUUUAUAAUUGAGAAUAUUUGUAUUAGUUGUAUAUUACUUGUAUAAUAUAUGAAAGGAUAUGUUGUAUAAUUGAGACUAAUGAUCUCACCUUAAGAUUGAAUAAAGUAUUAUUCUAAUGAGUGUGUAUGACAA